AUGAAGCGCUCUCGAUCCCAGAGAAGUAGAAAGCUGGGAACCGCCUGUAGCGAGGAUGAUAUAACUGCGACACCUACUAGCGACUCCGAUGAGCAAGACGAUGCUACCUAUGAGACGGAUGUGACGGAGGCGGACGAUGCUCCAAGCCCACGAAAACGUCUCCGGUCGGAUGAGAAUUGCACUGCCUUGGAGCUAGAGGUCCCUGGCGAGUCAGGAGAAUUCUACGAUGAUCCACUAGAUGACGAUGGAAUUGAUCUGUCUGAGAUUCCUGAGGAUUUCGACAAAGCACCGGGCACCAUUGAACGACGAGAGCGGAUUGAGACCAGGUGGAAACGGUACUGUGUCAGCCAAGUGUUAAACAAGCCCAACGAGCCAAAAUGGCGGGAGCCUGAGGAAGCGCUACGCCAGGCGUCGAACAAUGACAUGUAUCGGUUCCUAGGCUGGUAUCUCAAGCUCGAGCGUGGCAAGAAUAACCGACGGUUAAAACGUAUCAACAAAGCUAGCUCGCUGAAUACGGAAUGGAAAAACCUUCGUGGUUACUACCAAAAGCUUACCAAGAUCAAAAUCAAUGAUGAGGAUGGCUCGAAUGGCAUGAAGUAUUUGGUCCAAGAGCACGGCUUAGACACACAGCCUGGAAAGAAGACGCCAGUUUAUAUCGAGGAUAUCGGGCCAUUUAACGAGACCAUUUUGUCGACGCAGGAGAAGAAAUUCUACCUAGGAUUCCAACGCAUCCAGGUGUGCCUGUUCAACUCGCUCGCUUUGUUCACUGUGCACCGGAGGAACGCUUUGUUAAGCAUGCAAUUCAAGGACCUGCAAAUCUCCCUUCAGAAGGACCCUCGUGGAGGCCCACCCAUCCCUAUGAUUGAACUUACUCCCGAAGGGACCAAAAAAUUCCUCAGCCUGACCAAACUGUACGAGCUGGUCAAUGGCGUUCCCACCCUUCAGCGGACUGUGCAGAUGUUUAAGUCGGCCAUGUCCACCUUGCUGGUCACCUUCGGAGAGAUCCGUGGGUGGAAAGGGGCAUUCCAUGCCCAUCAGUUCCUUUAUGGAAGUGGUAAAGUCAUUAACGAGAGCGGGUGGGUGAGCAAGGAACAACACAUGUUGAUCAUGAAGCACGCCAGCCCGCGGAUGUUUCUCGACCACUAUCAUCCUCUACAACUCGAUACUGAUAUGAUCCGGGUUAUCUAUGGCCUCGACCCAGAUGUGGAACUGAUGCGAGCCGUCACACGACAAAGUCGUUGGCGAGAUAUGCGACGCCCACGCUAUUUGACCGAUCAACAGAGGGCACAACUUGAGGAUCAUCCCGAGUUGGAAGAGGCCCGGCGCAAUUUAAGUAAGAUUCGUGCCCAAUACAAGAAGACCCAGCAGCCCGCCCUGCGCCCUCGGAUCCAGCAACUGGAAAGAAAUGUGAGAAACACACAAAAACGGUUGCACAGGAGCUUGCGACAUAAGAUCCGAAAGAAUUUUGAUGAAGAGCAAGCAUUUCUGAAUAUUGAGGCGCAGCUGUCUGGUACAAUGGUUAAGGAAGAGAGCAAAGAUGAGUCAUUCUUAAAGGACACCAUACAUCCCCUUCAGUUACAUCUAGUGCAGAGUCUUCUCUCCUACCCCAUCUCUAACUCGUUGGAGGACGAGUGGAACUGGCGCGAUACAGGCGCUGCAGCCGUUGUGCAGUAUUGUGACGUCCUGGAAGGAGGUCUAUUAAAGGGCCGGCCUAAGCGGAAUGUCUCUGGAUCCGCUACAUCGCCUGGUCCCAUAAACCAGCCGCAAGAUACAGGGCAGACCCAAAAUGCCGCCAACUCAUAUGCACUACCUUUUUCUGUCUCUGGCAAGCCGUCGUGUGCCACUAAGGAAUACCUCGAGAAUUUUGAGAAGCCAGAGGCUGGUUUUUAA